AUUUCUCCUCCUCAUCGCCCGGACCGUACGGCCACGCCACCCUCCGAUCCCACGCCGCGCGCCGCGCCAGAUCCGGCGCGCCGCCGCCGCUCGCCGGAGACGCACGCGGGGCGUGGCCCCCGCUACUGCGCCGCGGAAGGAGGAGGAGGGGGAAGGGGGGUGGCGCAAUGGCGCGGCGGUGGCGGCCGUCGCACCUGGUGCUCGUGGCGGGGGCCGCCUACCUCCUCCUCAUCUCCCUCAAGUUCCGCCGCGUGCUCGACCUCGCCACCGCCGACCUCGCCGCCACCGACGCCGCCUUCUCCUCCCCUUCCUCCUCCGACCACCUCCCCCCGCUCCCGGUCUCCACCACCACCACCACCUCCACCUCCCCCGGGAACGGGAACGGCAACGCGACGCUGUUCCAGGUCCAGCCCUUCUGGCACCGCUACGACCGCGUCUCCCUCCCGGACAUCGUGGCGCGCAACCGCUCGGCGCUCGACCGCAUGGCCGACGACGCGUGGGCGCUCGGCCUCACCGCGUGGGAGGACGCCGCGGCCUUCGCGGGCGACCCGUGGGAGCUCGCCGCCGUCGACACCGCCACCACCGACAAAUGCCCCUCCGCCGUCUCCGUGCGCGCGCGCGGGAGGGUCGUCUUCCUGCCCUGCGGCCUCGCCGCCGGCUCCUCCGUCACCGUCGUCGGCACGCCCAGGGCCGCCCACAAGGAGUACGUGCCGCAGCUGGCCAGGAUGCGCCAGGGGGAUGGCACCGUGCUCGUCUCCCAGUUCAUGGUCGAGCUUCAGGGGCUUCGCGCCGUCGACGGUGAGGACCCGCCCAGGAUACUGCACCUCAACCCCAGGUUGAGAGGGGAUUGGAGCCAGCGACCAAUCAUCGAGCACAAUACCUGCUAUAGGAUGCAGUGGGGCUCCGCGCAGCGCUGCGAUGGGUCGCCGCCCGAGGACAACGACGAUAAGGUUGAUGGGUUCACCAAAUGUGAAAAAUGGAUACGUGAUGAUGUUGUUGACACAAAGGAGUCCAAGACAACUUCAUGGUUGAAGAGGUUCAUUGGGCGUGCAAAGAAACCUGCAAUGACAUGGCCAUUCCCUUUUGUAGAAGACAGGCUAUUUGUUCUUACUAUGCAAGCUGGAGUUGAAGGUUUCCAUAUAUAUGUUGGUGGAAGACAUGUGACCUCCUUCCCUUACAGACCAGGCUUCACUCUUGAAGAUGCAACAGGGUUAUUUGUUAAGGGCGAUGUGGAUGUUCAUUCAGUUUAUGCCACUGCACUUCCUAUGUCUCAUCCCAGUUUUUCACUUCAACAAGUUCUUGAGAUGUCAGAAAAAUGGAGGACCCGACCACUACCAAAAGAUCCAGUUUUUCUUUUUAUUGGAAUACUCUCUGCUUCUAAUCAUUUCGCUGAGCGAAUGGCUGUUAGAAAAACAUGGAUGCAAAGUUCAGAAGUCCGGUCAUCUAAAGUGGUUGCCCGAUUCUUUGUUGCACUGAAUUCAAGGAAAGAGGUCAAUGUAAUGCUUAAGAGAGAAGCUGAAUACUUUGGAGACAUUGUAAUUUUGCCAUUUAUAGAUCGUUAUGAGUUGGUGGUUCUCAAGACAAUCGCUAUUUGCGAGUACGGGGUCCAAAAUUUGGCUGCUGUACAUAUCAUGAAAUGUGACGAUGAUACAUUUGUGAGGGUAGAUGUGGUUGUCAGACACAUCAAGUUGAACAAUGGUGGCAGGCCAUUAUAUAUGGGGAACCUCAACCUCUUGCAUAGGCCCUUGAGAAUGGGUAAAUGGACAGUUACAACAGAGGAGUGGCCUGAAGACAUCUAUCCACCUUAUGCAAAUGGACCCGGUUAUGUGAUUUCUGGUGACAUAGCGAAAUUCGUCGUGUCUCAGCAUGCCAACCAGAGCUUAAGGCUAUUCAAGAUGGAGGACGUAAGCAUGGGGCUGUGGGUUGAGAAGUUCAACUCCACGUCUCCUGUCAAGUAUUCCCACAGCUGGAAGUUCUGCCAGUACGGCUGCCUGGAGAACUAUUACACGGCGCAUUACCAGUCACCGAGGCAAAUGCUGUGCCUCUGGGACAAGCUGGUCCAGGGCCGAGCAUCCUGCUGCAACUACAGAUAGCGAGACGACAAAUGGAUUAAAUCAGUCACUCGACUUUAGCAUUCCUCCUCCACCUGCCGGUUAUUUUGGUUGGUGGGGUGGCUGGCUGGUGUUCUCUUUUUUGACACGAAGAAUCACCUGACAAUAGCUUAGCUGCUGCAAUGUUGACUCGAUCGAGCUCAUCGCUUCACAUGGCUGUGAUGUUGGGGCUUGAAGAUUAGGCAGCUCCGGUCCAUGGUUCCAUGCAUUUGCCUGAUUUCCAUUCGCCAUCUCGUGGCGUCUAUGUCCUUAUUCCUGUAAUUGAUCCCAAUUUUGAUGUAGUAGAUGAUCAGAUCAGCAUAUUAUUAGAUAUAUAUGCCUGUUCUUGUAGCCUAGAAUCCUAGAAACUUGGACAGAAUCCUGAUGAUGCUAAAAAUCAUCUCUGUUCUUCUCUUUCUUGUAAAAGAUAGCCUCUUUUUUUCUCCACUCAUGAGUUCCAUCGAUGAUGUAUUUUCUCUGUCAUUGCUAUUCUUGGAUAGCACCCACUCAACUGUUGAAGAAACUAAACUAGAUUUGUUGUCAUUUGUGUUA